ACGCAUACGCCCCGCCACCAAUCGAGUCCCACACACAAAACACACACGGGAGUCUGCCGUGUAAUGACUAGCACAAGAAAUAAAUAAAACUUAGCCAAAAAAAAAACUACAUAGAGAUAGAGAGCGGAACGAGAGCGGGAGAGAGUCAGCUCCAGCUGCUCAUAAAUUUCGUAACGCUUUUGGGUGUAAAUGUGCCCCUUGGUUCAGGGCACGCACCCAGUGAUUGAGUCGUUUGUAAUUUGUACGCCGUAAAUACAACAAAAUAUGUAAAUUCUAAGGGCGCCCACCCACCCACCACCACCCAAAGCCAUACACAGGCAGCCAGCCAGCCAUCCCACGCACAAACCAACGAACGGACCAGAGCAGGAGGGUGGAGCAGCAGGUGAAGGAGAGUCAACCUAUUAAGGAACGUGAAUCUAUUUGGCGGUCACACUACCAUAAAAGAGACAAACGAGUCCGACUAGAGCAAAGUAGAAGAUCAAAGGGAAAAAGAUUUGCUGCUCCUCAAGGCAUAGCCAAGCCACAAAAAGAAGCACUAAAGGAGAAAGAAGAAAAGAAAUCAAGACCAGCCAUUGUCAACUGAAAGUGUAAGGAGCGGGAACAAGAAGCAGAGAGAACGAGAGCUAAAGGAAAUCAAACGAUAACGGGAGAGAGAGAGAGAGAGAGAAAGCUGGAGCAGUCGAUAAAAGAAUAUUAGCAAAAACAUAAAUACGUAACGGUUUCGGCUCUCCACCACAUUGCCAUCGCUGUCCAGAGAGAGUGUGAGUGAGGUGAGGGUUGAGAGAGCAUCGAAUUAAGAGAGCAAGAGAACAGUGAGUGGGUAGGUCAGUGGCAGUGGGCGGUCUGCCAGCUGUGGCAGCCACAACACACCAACGCCAGCGCCAGCGUCAACUUCAAAUUUCAAAGGGCAGUAAGGGGCCAAAUGUCCUGUACCGUUUCGGAGCUGCCAAGUGGCUGUCGACUGCGCGGCGGAAUGACUGCAUCCACACCACAGAGCGCUGCUAACAAUGGCUCCAAUAGCGGCGGGGGCAAUGGCAACGGAAACAACGGUAACGGCAACGGCAAUGGGAAUGGAAACGGCAACGGGGGCGGCGGAGGGGGCAGCGGUAGUGCCGUUUCCGUGUCCGUGUCAGUAGGGGGCGGCGGCGUCACGGCAGGCAGUGCCACCUCGAAUGUGCUGCAAGAGUCAAAUGCGGCAACGUUGCAGCGGCCGCAGUCGCAGAAGCCGUGCUGCUUCUGCUGGUGUUGCUGCUGUUCCUGCUCCUGGGGCAAAUGUCUGGCCAUCAAGAAUGCCGAUGAAAAUGCGCCCACAAAGCGUGAUCUCGCUAAUUCCGAAUUCCUAGACGGCGAACAACCCACAUUAGAGGAAAUCCGUAGUUGGGGCAAGAGCUUUGACAAGCUGAUGAAGAGCUCAGCUGGUCGAAAGGUAUUCCAGAACUUCCUGCGCAGCGAAUUCAGUGAGGAGAACAUUCUGUUCUGGCUGGCCGUUGAGGAUCUCAAGAAGGAGAACAGCGCAGAGGUGGUCGAGGAGAAGGCUCGCCUGAUAUACGAGGACUACAUCUCGAUCCUGUCGCCGAGGGAGGUGUCUCUGGAUUCGCGAGUGCGAGAGAUCGUCAACCGCAACAUGAUCGAGCCCACGACGCACACCUUCGACGAAGCUCAAAUACAGAUCUACACUUUAAUGCACAGAGACUCAUAUCCGAGAUUCCUAAACUCUCAAAAGUUCAAGACACUCGCUCAAAUGCAAGACAAUUCGAAUGCCGGCUCCAAGGCGGAAAGUCCCACUUAGGUCGCAUCGGAUCGUCGUCAGUUCUGCGCUGUGUUGAUUUCUGUAGCUGCUCUCCAUUAGUAUUUCCUUCGUUUGGGCCAUGAAAUUCCUGUAAAAGCCGCUGUCGCCUGCCAGCCCGCUGCCACUGCCGCUGCUGCAAUCCCCUAAGCAAUAUGUAUCCAUUAAUAGAACCAUUUAACCAUUUUGCGUGCAGCCCCCCCGCACUUGGGACCAGGGCAGUGGGCGAGGCAAAGACCCGCGGGGCCCAAACCAAAACCCUAGACGAUAUCGCGCGGUAAUACGUGAAACGGAUUCCUUCUCUACCUACGUUCUAGUCGUUAACAAACCAAAGAGUUAGGAGCUAAAUUAAUUGUUUAAUUUUAGUGUGUGUAACGGAUCGGACUCUCCGAGACGUGGCAUUUGUUCAAGGCGGUUCCGGAAGCGUGCGAGCGAAACAGCGACCAUGGCUAGUGUAAUAUUAGUGACCUAAGAGACGUAUUAAUCAAAUUGCAUCAGAGAUAACGGAACCGAGAGGAGUACAGUACAUUUACCGUUAACCGAAAUACUUUUUCCAGAAGCAAACCAAAAACCAAACAGAACUUUUUAAACGUAUUACAUAACUUUAUAUUAAUAUUAAUAUAUACAUACAUAUAUACACGCAUAUAUAGUACUUACUUACGCAUAUACAAAACCAUUUAACUUAACUAGUUUUGAAAACGAUUAGGAUCAUAUAUGCAUAUGUAUGUACAUAUGUGUGUGUAUGUAUGGACCAUGUUUAUGUACAUGUGUAUGUGUAUAUGAGUGACGACAUCGAAGCAUUUUUGUAAAUACCACAAACAGGCAGCAGCAGCACAUACACCACUCUUUAUAUGUAUAUUUAUAAUGCUGUACCGAUCAAACAACCCCUGACCCCCACUACAAUGCCUCAUCUUCCGAUUGAGGUCCGAUCUAGUUGUUCCCAAUCACCUCUUUGAAGGCAAGCUAAGGCAAACACAGGCAUAGCUACAUAACUACAUAACUAAUACUAUAUUUAUAGUUUCGAUUAGCAUUGAUUUCCAAAUCGAGAGAAAACGUUUUGCAAUAUCACUGCCAACA